AGUGUGGAUGUACGAGGGGCUUUUCGUUUUGAAUUCUACAGGUCUUUUCUUACUGAAUAUUUAAUGGCUUGGAAAUGGAGAUAGCUUUGGUGAGCUUUGACAAGCGGGGUGAAGGAGGCAGUGAUGGAGAACCCUACCAAAACCAAAACUCCCUGGAUUAUCCACGCUUGGUCCACAACAAAGAACUAUAUUCGAGAAGUCCACAACAGAGCUCAUGGAAAAUGAACGACAUGAACAACACAAUGAUGGGCUCCACUGAGAAUACGGUGGAUUAUUACAGUCCCCAUUUGUUUGAUGAGGGCAUUCUGGACAUGGAUAUGGACCAUGAGAACAACGAACGAGUUCUUAUCAAUAUUGCCGGACUGAGGUUCGAGACACAGUUGGGCACUCUGAACCAGUUUCCCGACACUUUGCUGGGAGACCCGGACAAGAGAAUAAAGUAUUUUGACCCCCUCAGGAACGAGUAUUUCUUUGAUCGCAACAGACCGAGUUUUGACGGAAUUCUUUAUUUCUAUCAGUCCGGCGGGAAAAUCCGACGACCUGUUAACGUGUCAAUCGACGUUUUUGCAGACGAAAUCCGCUUUUAUCAGCUGGGAGAAGAAGCAAUGGACCGUUUCCGCGAGGAUGAGGGCUUUAUUAAAGAAGAAGAGAAACCGUUACCACAGAAUGAGUUUCAGAAACAGGUAUGGCUCAUAUUUGAGUACCCUGAAAGCUCUAGUCCUGCACGAGGCAUAGCUAUUGUCUCCGUCAUCGUCAUAACCAUCUCCAUCAUAACUUUCUGUCUGGAAACUUUACCCGAGUUUCGCGACGAGCGAGAGCUUCCAGUGACUAGUCGCGCUAUCAAUGGUACUCAAGAGCGUCCAUCGCUCACUUUUAGCGACCCGUUUUUCAUCAUUGAAACCACCUGCGUGAUUUGGUUCACCUUUGAGCUCUUUGUGCGCUUCUUCGCCUGUCCUAGUAAGUCUGAAUUCUCCAAAACCAUCAUGAACAUCAUUGACAUCACGUCUAUCAUGCCUUACUUCAUCACCUUGGGCACAGAGCUGGUGGAGCAGCAGGGCCAGGAGCACAAUAAUGGCCAGCAGGCCAUGUCACUGGCCAUACUGAGGGUCAUUCGUUUGGUUCGGGUGUUUCGCAUAUUUAAGCUGUCUAGACACUCCAAGGGGCUUCAGAUCCUGGGCCAGACUCUAAAAGCCAGCAUGCGAGAGCUGGGCCUCUUGAUCUUCUUUCUUUUCAUUGGUGUCAUAUUAUUCUCCAGUGCUGUUUUCUUCGCUGAGGCAGAUGAACCCGAGUCUCACUUCUCCAGCAUCCCAGAUGCCUUCUGGUGGGCUGUAGUGACCAUGACAACAGUUGGAUAUGGUGACAUGAGACCGGUGACUGUGGGGGGAAAAAUUGUGGGCUCGCUGUGUGCCAUCGCAGGGGUGUUGACCAUUGCAUUACCGGUGCCUGUCAUUGUGUCUAACUUCAACUAUUUCUACCACAGAGAAACUGACCAAGACCAGGCGUCUCUCAGAGAAGAGCCUAAUAAUGGUGGCCCUUCAAACCCAUGUGAUGAACGUCAUGGGUUGAGGAAAUCAUCAACCUCUAAUUCAAAAGAUGGAGAGCAUAAUGAAGAAACAAACAUUCCAGUUGAGAAGACUAACAUGAAAGCUAACAGCAGAAUGGAUAUUAAACGCUCCCUUUAUACUUUUUGCUUGGACACUCGAGAAACGGACCUCUAGUUUGCCCAUCUCUACCCCAUUGCACGACCGGUGCCCAUCAUUGUUUCCAACUUAAAUUAUUUCUAUCUCAGGGAGACUGACCAGGAGUAGGCAUCUCUCAGAGAAGAGCAUAGUGGUGGCAUUUCCAGCCCAUGUGAUGA